ACGCCGACCUGCAUCUCCGAGAUGCCAUUUACCAGGCUACACCGGAGAUGAUCUGCCCAGGAACAGCGAGUGAAUACAAAUAGGGAAGAUGGGGGGUUAGGCCAGUGGAAGAAAGAAUAGGAGCGGAGAAGUGGAAGCAAAGCCGGAAUGAUGGCCAGCUCCCUGCAAGCUCCUCCUCUCUAGUAGCUCCAGUAUGCUCCAGAGUUGCAUCACUGUGUAAUCGCCUCGCCUAGGCCUAGGCGAGGCGAGUAUUUGAGCUCCAGAAUCCGCCGUCAACGCAAGUCAAUCGCAAAUUCGAGCACCAUACCACCAUCUAACCUCACACAACACUCAUCAUGGCACAGCAAGGUACAUCUUCUGGUCACCCGAUCACCGUUCUCACUCAAGAUCUAGUCCACAAGCUCCCCUCGCACAGCCCGAUUCUAUUCGCCCAGAAGAAGGCCAAGAACCUCUCCUUCGAGACAAUUGCGAAAGAUCUUGGGCGUGAUGAAGUAGCUGCUGCCGCGAUCUUCUAUGGACAGGCAAAGGCAUCCGAUGAAGAUAUCUCCAAACUUGCCAAGCUUUUGGACAUCCCAGAGGCAACGCUUCGCGAGACUGAGAUCGUAGGACUGCCAGACCGAGGACGAUCGAUGGAGAUGCCACCAAAAGAGCCUUUGAUGUACCGUCUGUAUGAGAUCGUGCAAAACUAUGGAUAUGCGUACAAGGCCGUCAUUAACGAGAAGUUUGGAGAUGGCAUCAUGAGCGCUAUUUCCUACUCAACAAAGGUGGAAAAGGAGACAGAUGAGAAGGGCGACUGGGUCAAAAUCACAAUGCGCGGAAAGUGGCUUCCAUACACUCGGUUCUAGACAAUCGUCGAUGUACCGUGAGCCUUGUAGAAACCAGAUUCACUUUUGACCUGCGGUAAUGACAGUACUUACAAUUUCUGAA